AUUUAGGUUGUUGUUGUACGGGCCAACAAGAAGACGAAUGAAGCUCUUGAUAAGACUAUUGCAGGAAACCAGUAAGAUGGUCGCCGCGUUGUGAGAUAGGAGGAGUGACUAGCUUUAGUGGAAAUAAGAUUCGAGCUAGCUAGUGAGAAUGUUCGAGUGGGAUCCUGGUGGUCGUUGUGAGUCGAUUGAUUCGAGUCACAGACGAUGUACUAGGUACAUGUACCAGUUGCUGCCAAAGUAAGUGAAAGGAGACCGUUGACUGCGGAUGCUCUUGCGGACCGAAUUUUUGAACUCGUGUGGGGCGUGUAAGAAUCUGGCAAGUAAAAUUGACUCGACUCGACUACUCGGCUAGCCAUUGGUACCAUACCGUACCACAACAACAAACAUCACAAACAACUGGCAACGAUAAUAUCACCCCCAUAAUCUUUCGAUCUAAUAAUACUACCGGCUAGUUGGAGCAACAAAAAUCUUCACCAGGUCCAACCAGCUUUCCCACAAGUCUUCUCACAAUUCUCGAUCUUCUGUGAAAGAACAACAAGUAAGUUUUCUUGCCCACGCCUCUAUCUUCCCUCUCCUUUCCUUCCUUCCUUCUAUCAAUCACUGAUCAAGAUGGUUACCCCGACGCAAGAGCUAUUCAAAGACUAUGUCAAUACUCCAGCCUACCAAAUGAUAUCCAAGUCUCAAUCCUUCCAAAACUAUGUGCAUUCUUAUUCGGCAUAUACCCCCCAGAAGAUCCUUCAAACGAGAAAGUCAUUGGGCGUGCCAAAGCAAACUGGACGGGGCCGCAAGAAGGAGCCCUGUGAUACAGCCAAGAGACUUACCGCCAUGAAACUCAAGCAAUCUCGUGGAGACACCGCCACCAAGUUGGAAGUGGAUCGAUUGGUCCAAAAGAAUGUUCUUUUGACUGCCAAUGCCAAUACUAGUGUCUGGACGAAACCGUCAUUUCCCACUUCCUACAACAGCAAAGCCCGGAGGCGUCUUGUCAUUGAUGAGUCGUCGUCCAGUUGUGAACGAGAAGAAGGAUCAAUGGAUACUACUGGUACGGUUAUUAGCGAAGCAAAGCCGGAAGAGAUUGUCCAACAAGUGGAUGUCAACUCAUGGAAGGCGGCAACGACAACUUUGGACCUGAGCAUUGCAUACGCAAGCUCACAAGAAACUGCCCAAGAUGAUACUCCUCCUUACAAGCAGACGGAAUGGACCAAUGCUAGUAGAAAAGACAAUCAACUUCGGGGGUCGCUGAUGGGGCUUGACUCCAGUCCCACUCUACAGUACAACUUCCGAAGGCAACGAGCACCAGUGCCAACUCCAGCAACGCGCUUUCCGUAAUCCAGCCAGCCUCAUAUAUCUACACCAAUCAAGACGAUUCUCGUUGCAGUCGGGAGGAAUGCAUCAGGGACUACGCAGCUUACUGAAACGAAAGAACCAGUGGACAUGCCAACAAGUUAGCCAACUGGUAUUCUUCCAUGGGAUAGUGCCGUGCACAAGAAGCGUCAUCUCUCCGUGACGUGCGCUGAACAAGUAAAGGGACCAAGGGAAGACUUGGGACAGCAUACACAUACAUUUGCUUGCUGCUAGAUAAGAAACACAAUGUACCAGUAUAGAAGACUGUUGAUUAAACUAGACACUGACUUACUUCAGU